CCAAAGGCCGGCAGCAAAUGAGCGCAGGUGGCUGCGGCCCUUCGUCGUACUCUCGAAUGCGCAAGCGCGGUCGUUCCGGGUGCUCGGAAGACCUGGCGGAGCCCGGCGCUGAUGGAGGCCCGAGGGCGGCGGGGGCGGGGCGCGCCGCGAGCUGGGGGCAUGUCCACGGCGGGCGCCGUCUAGAGGAGGGCCGAGCAGCCGCCACCACGCUUUCCGUCGCGGCGAGACGCAAGCGAGCCAGGCCGAGGGCCGCGGCGGCGAUGCAGCGACGGCGGCGCCCUCCGCCGCCAGUCUCUCAGCUGCCCGAGGGCUGCGGGGGAGGCGGCGGCAGCCGCGGAGGAGGCGGCGGGAGCGAGGAGGUGGAAGUGCAGUUCUCCGCCGGGCGUUUGGGCUCCGCCGCGGCGGUUUCGGCGGCGGCGGCCACGCGCAGCACAGAGGAAGAGGAGGAGAGGCUCGAGCGCGAGCACUUCUGGAAGAUCAUUAAUGCCUUCCGCUACUACGGCACCAGUAUGCAUGAGCGAGUGCACCGAACAGAAAGACAAUUUCGAUCACUCCCAGCUAAUCAGCAGAAACUACUUCCGCAGUUUCUUCUUCACUUGGACAAGAUCCGGAAAUGCGUUGAUCAUAAUCAAGAAAUACUACUCACCAUUGUGAAUGAUUGCAUACAUAUGUUUGAAAAUAAAGAAUAUGGAGAAGAUGAGAAUGGAAAGAUUAUGCCAGCAUCUACAUUUGACAUGGAUAAGUUAAAAUCCACAUUGAAACAGUUUGUGAGAGACUGGAGUGAAACUGGGAAAGCAGAAAGGGAUGCCUGCUACCAGCCAAUCAUUAAAGAAAUUUUAAAAAAUUUUCCAAAAGAGAGAUGGGAUCCUUCUAAAGUAAAUAUUCUGGUACCUGGUGCUGGACUAGGAAGACUGGCCUGGGAAAUAGCUAUGCUAGGUUAUGCUUGUCAAGGAAAUGAAUGGAGUUUUUUUAUGCUCUUUUCUUCCAACUUUGUACUCAACAGAUGUUCUGAAAUUAAUAAAUAUAAGCUUUAUCCCUGGAUUCAUCAGUUUAGCAAUAACCGGAGGUCAGCUGAUCAGAUACGACCCAUCUUUUUCCCUGAUGUUGACCCCCACAGUCUUCCUCCCGGUUCUAACUUUUCUAUGACAGCAGGAGAUUUUCAGGAGAUAUACUCAGAAUGCAGUACCUGGGACUGUAUUGCUACCUGUUUCUUCAUAGACACAGCUCACAAUGUAAUUGAUUAUAUUGACACAAUAUGGAAAAUACUCAAACCAGGUGGAAUUUGGAUAAAUCUAGGUGGAAAAAGAAUCUGUCUUGUCAACAUAUACUGUGAAUGAUCUCUCCAUGAUGAAGUACUACUAUGAAUGUGUCUUGUUUGUGGUCCGUAAACCACAGUAAUGGUCUCAAGUGGUAUCACAAGGAAAAAAGCUUAAUAAUAGCAGAUGCUGAAAUAAACAACUCAAAGUCGACUAUCACAAUGACGGGACACAACCUCAAGUCAGUGGUGCCUUCUUAUUCCUAACAGAAUUAAGAAAUAGCGUCUAUUUUCUUAAUAUGUCUAUUGCUUUUUCAGAAACAUACUAUGCCAUGCAUAUUUGUACUACACAAGUAAAAAUGGAGGAAAUGUCUUCAAGUAUACAUUUUCCUUGAAGCCCAGAAUUAUCUUUCAGUAGAAAAAACUUUAUCUCCAGUGUCUUCAUGAAGCUGUCCAUUGCAAGUCUGCCAUAUGAAUGACUAAUAGUAUUGAAGUCCAUACUAAUCUCCUUUUUUGUUCUUUUGUAUGCAUUGCACAUGUUAUUUUUAAAAGAGUCUAAGGAUCCUCUGUCACUUUCAACAUCUGGAAUUGGGAAUUUUGUUUACUUUGGACCUAAGGAAUCUAUACAUAAAAUGUGCAUCUAUUCUUUUAUCAUUCAGAUUAUUUGAUUUUAUUUUCUAGCUCAGCUGAAUUUAUAGUUAGCAUCAAACAUUUCAUUUUUAUGAAAUGCUGAAUUCAUAGGAUCACAGGCCAGUAAAAUGCAUUUUAAAUAACUGAGAAAUUAAGUCUUUUGGCCACACUAAAUUGAACGCUUUUUGAAAGCAUACUCAUCAUGGAUCACUCUGAAAUGUAUGAGAUUACACCAUUCUAAGUGAGGCACAAAAGCCUUUAUUAAAGGUACUGCUCGGAAACUAGGGACAUAAGAAUAAAAUCUGCCCAUUUGAAAUGUAUGAUUUCAAACUAUAAAUGAAUACAGAGUUUGUCAGUGAGAUGUUUACAAUAAUGUCUUUUCUUUAGGUUACAUGAAUUACAAAAGCAAGCACUUUUUUUCCGUUAAAACAAUUAUAUACUAGUAAAAACUGUCAUGAUAGUAUUAAUGUGGAGAAAUUUUGAUUAUGAAAUUUAGGGAUACAUUACUGCCCAUGGUCUGUGUCUUUGAUAUUGUAAGAAGCAGCCAUUAAUAUAAUUUCAGAUUAAUACCAAUUUUGUUCCCUGAUAGCUGUAGCUAAAACAGUAUAUAUGCUGCUUUAAAUUUCUACCUCUAGCGGAUCUUUAUUGGAGGGAGUUUUCCUUUGUAUUUUUUUAAUGUUUAUUAUCCUGUUUUCCAGUAGCUUGAUAAGUAGAGAUGACUAAUUUAACCUUUUCUUGGAGAAAAGGAAGUAAUAUUGAAUAUUUUCACAGAUGAUUGUGAUGACAUUAAGUGACCUCUGUGGCAAUUUGGAUUAGAUAGACUUAAUCUCAAUAAUGUGCUGGUAGCAUAAAUGUCAUGUUUUCAUAGGAAAACUUACUUAGAAAUCUUUAGACCUUUACUGUCAGUUAGGUGCGGGGGAGUCACUAUGCGAUUUGGCAUCUUACCAGUAGGACCUUUUCUGCAUACACUACAGGAGCUCCUGUGGCCUUCAUGCCCAUGAUGCAGUGAAGGAUUCCGUGAAGUUAAUUUGAUUUGUCAAGUUAUGGACACGUGUAUGUAACCUGUUGAGUGUUUCUGAAAAACUGUUUCUCUUUUUUGUGUUCCUCAGUACUUGGCAGGUAUUCACUUAGUGGGAAUUCUCCUUACCUACCACAUGGAUGAACUUGAAAUUAAUUGCAAGGGGAAAAACACCCCAAAUUUAUUAUUUUCUUUUAAAGAAAGAAACUUAAAAGGAGCAUAAGUAUUUUUAAAAAGCCAUUGACAGGAAAGGAAUCAUACUGUUUGUAACUUAGAAAUGCUUUUUAUUCACUGAUUAAUAUUCACUUUUUUACAACUUGUAUCAAAACAAACGAUCUUGGUUUUCUCAUAGAGGGAAAAACAGGUUGACACCAAGGGGUUGGCAUUAUUACUUAAAAUUUCUGCUAUCAGGUUUUAUUCUUUAAUAAUGUUAAUUAUAUUUCUAAAUUAUAGCUUAUAUUUUAGUUAAUUCUGAAAUCAGUUAUUUCAUUUGUUUCUAAUUUCUCCCUCAUGUUAUGAAUACUGUUUUUUAAACGUACUUCACAAAUUUGCGUCACUCUUUUUCUUAUAGCUUUUGUAGUUAAUCUAAACUUGAAAAUUGUGGUAUCAAUCAAUGAUAGAGGUGUCACUGGAGGAUUUAAUUUUGUAUUUCUUAUGUGUAGAAAUAGCUACUAAAGUGUGUAAGCCUUAAAGUUUAAAACAUUUUUCUUAAAUAACUCUAUACACAAAUGUUUUCAUUCAUUUUCAUCAAGUGGGAGGAGAUAGGUCAUUGUGCUUGCUUUUGUUAUUGUUUUUUUUUAAAUUUCCAUAAUCUGAAGCAGUGCAGGCUAGGGUAUAUUAAUCAAGUGAGCAAGAUGGGAUAUGUAAAAUAUAAAGAGAAGCUGUAUAAAUCACAGUAUAAAAUUAUGAAGUUUGGGAAUUGUAAAAUGUACUGUAUUUAUAUGUAACUCUCAUUCUAAAAGUUGCCACGAAGGCUGAAUCGGAAGCUUCAUGUCUGCAUGAAAUUUCCUAUAUUUUUAAUGUGUAUGAUGGACUUAAUUUUUCUUGAAUAUUAAAGUCUGCCAAUUGCUAUGAAACAAUAUUUGCUUGGUUGUUUCCAUCUAAAUUACUCAUAACCAUAGACAUGGGAAUUUUAAUUAAUUGAACACAUAAUACUUUUGAACCCUUGGAUUAGCCUAUUUUUAUAUGCAUCUAAUAUGAUUACUUGGUUUCUGAGUAUGCUAGGCCUUAUGCUAAUUAAUCUUGGUCUUUGGUUUUGUUAAAUAAUCAAACAAGAAUUGUAAAGGAACCAGUAGAAGAAAAUUCCAGGACCAGCCAUUAGUAGGAUGAGCACUUAACUUGCACUCAGAUACUUUUCCUGAAUUAUUAUUUGUGAUCUUGGGCAAGGUGCUCCGAGUUUGUUUCCUCAUCUAUAAGAGAGGAUUGAUACCACCUAUUUCAGUGGGUUUUUAUGAGGUCGUAUGUGCUAUCUGUGAAAUAUUAUACAGGUGUACCUCAUUUUAUUGCGCUUUGCAAAUAGUGCAUUUUUUACAAAUCGCAGGUUUGUGAUAACCCUUGUGUUGAGCAAGUCUAUCGGCACCAUUUUUCCAACAGUAUUUGCUCAUUUCGUGUCUUUGUGUCACAUUUUGGUAA